GGAGGGAGACAAAGCAGAGAUGGCCCCGGUCAUGAGGCGCUCAUGUGGGGGGAGGAAAAGAGGGCACAGCCGCGGCAGGGGCAGUAGGCUGGAGACACCAGGGCCAGGCCUUCAAAGAUGCUGCGGGCAGGUUCUGGGGACCUUGCAGUGAGGAAGGAGGCAGGAGGAAUUGCUCUGGGACUAGGAACGAGGGGCUGAGGCAAAGCUGCUGCUUCUGACGUCAGGGAUAAGCUGUGCUGGGGAGUGGCUGGCCCGAUGUGACUCAGGCCUGAUGUCUCUGCACAGGCAGCUUAUGUGCCCCUGACUUGUUCCUCCAUCAGAAUGGAGGAAAGGCCCUGUCAGCCUGCAGCUGUCUGAUCAAAUCAGAGGAAGCCAGAGGUCACAGCGGAGAACCUUCAGGCUACUGGGCAGCCCUCACCAUACAGGCAGAGAAGGGCGUGUAAGUGGAGGCAGGAUGAGACCCGGGUCCUGGGGCCUCGCGUUUCCAUAAGCCAGGAAGUCAUUCUGGGCCCUCUCUCUGUCCCAGUCAAUAUUUCCCUCCUUAGCUCAGCCUAUUGACUAAUUUGCUAACGUGCUAGUGAAUUCAGAGAGUCAGAGAAAGAGAUAAAAGGCUCUACAGAAGCAUCCAGACAGAAAAUCUGUCAAGGUGGGAAUUGCCACAUCUAGUUAUAAGCCUGAUUACCCAGCUCUGACGGGCUUCCUGGCCCCACGCUUUUGCCCAUGAGGAAUACCCCACCCAGAAUGCAAGAACUUGGGACCGCCAGCCCCUCCAGUUUGCCUUAGGAGUCUGGGAUCAGCCCAAUAAUCAGACCUCAGGCUUGGGUUGCUAUCUCAGUGGCUGCUUUCUGUCACCUGUGGCUGAGGACUGCGUGGAUAAUCUAAGAAGUCUGAAAAAGUGCAUGGCGCCAAUUCUUUACCAAGAGCUUUCCUGGGACCGCCUAUCUCAUCCUCAGCCGCCUCUGUGCUGGUCACCCCUGGACAUCUGCAGUGGCUUAUAAUGCUGCCCAGAUGCUCCCUGGUCUCCCCAUUAGCUGCCCCUUUAGCCCAUGCACAGUGGCCAGGCAAAUCCUUCAAAGCAGAAGCCAGACUAUUGCACCCUUGUUCAAACACUGCAGUGUUGUCCAUCCCCCUCAGAGGGAAACCCAGGGACCACACCAAAGUCCACUGACUUCCUCCCACAUGGGCCAGUCAUGUGGGCCCCUUGCUAUCUCCUGAGCAUGUCCAGUACACUCCUUUCAGAGGGGCUUUGCACGCCCUGCCCCAUCCACUGGGAACACAAACCCCUAUUUGUUCAGAUCCCUGCUCAAUGUCCCCUCUUAGAGAUGACACUCCUGACACUCUGCCACAGCUGUCCUGUACUUUUCUUUGCAGCUGGUAUCAGUUCCUGAAAUUACAGCACUGAUCCACAAGCACUUGACCGUCUCCCUCACUAGAAGGAAAACUCCAGGACACAAGGACUUUAUUCACUGCUAUGUUCCCUGAGCCUAGAGCAGUCACUGGUGCACAGGAGAACUACGUAAGAUACCUGGGAAAAAAGUAAACAGACAAGUUCUCCUUGGAAAGCACCACACCUGGGAAGCAGCAAGACCAGGACCCUGCAGGCUGCCCUUGCCUCAGAGCAGGCCCAGGGAGCUCUGCCUCAGCCACCUCCAGGCUGAGCCCUGCGUUGCCAUGUCUGGCAAGGCUGCCUCACAGGUGCAGGCACAAGGCUCUCCCAGAACUAGAGCUGGGCAGAGUGUUCCAGGGUCGUAGGGUGCUGGUGUAAUCUGUAGUGGGGAACUCUUCUAGGGGGUGGUGGCAGACCCUAGAGCUGCUUGUGGGAGCCCAGUGCAGCUUCCUCCUCCUCUCCCAGUGGCCUGAGGUGGCCAGGAGUCCUGUCCACCCCGCCCCGACCCUGCCCUGCAGAGUAAACACUCCCAGAGCCUCCCACAGGAGCAAACACUCUCCAGGCUGGCAGCUGGGCCAGGCCCCACCCACCAAGCUGUUUUCCUCUGAGAGCCUUCCCAGGCUGCUAUUUUUGGCCCUCGUGACAGUAAUUGAUGGCUGGUGGAAAGAUAUAAAAGCAGCUGCCAGGUCUGGGGGUUUGCAGACAGCUCAGGGAAGAUUUCGCUCUGGACAGUGGCACAGCAGACAGAGGCCGUGGCACAUCGUCCUCACCGACCUCCUGCCGGCGAUCCGACGCGGACAUAGGGCUCUGACUGCUGGCCCCCCAUCCCUCUGCCCUAGCUUCUUGGGGACUUCCCGCAGACUGCCCUUGCUCAUCCAGCAUCCCUGCUAACCCCCAGAGCCCCUCUGCCACAGGUUGCUGCUUCUCUGUCGCUGGCAGCCAUGAGGUCCCGGCUUCUGCUUUCUGUGGCCCACCUGCCCACAAUCCGGGAGGCCUCGGAGGAGAUGCUGCCCGGGGGGCCUGGGCAGGAACUUCCAGCCUCCCCCAGCCUGGAUGACUAUGUGAGGUCUAUCUGUCAGCUGGCACAGCCCACCUCAGUGCUAGAUAUGGCUACAGCCAGGGUCCGACCCAGCAGACCCCACCGGACAGCCCGAGCCUGCGAGAAGAGCUGCCCCCCUGGGUCCCUGCAGGACAUCACCACCCACUUCAGCACCCAGCAGCCUGCAGCGCCCAGGCCCGGCACUGCCGACCCCCUGGACUGGCUCUUUGGGGAGUCCCAGGAAAAGCGUCCAAGCAGGAGAGAACUGCCAAGGAUGACUGGUCCUUCUGCUGAGCCCAGGGGUCCACGCAGACAGAUGGACAGCAGCAAGGCCUGGAGGGCCCCCAAAGGGAGGCUCGGUGAUGCCAGGAUGCCCAGACACUCUCUAGCAAGACCACUGAGGGAUGGGCACCAGGACACCCCCAACAGCCGCUGCCCCAGCAGUGUCCUCAGAACUCUCUAUCUGCAGCUCCCGGUGAUCCAUGAACUCUGACCCCUCCUCAAUAAAGGCUUCUGUACCGAA